AUGGCUGUUGAAGGCUCCGCUCCUGCGUCGCCCAUCCCAAUCCCCGAGUUGACCCAGAUCACCUCCGAGGCCUGUGAUGUCGCGUUGAAGAACACCACCGAAUACGAGCACGCCAACGUUGGAGAAUGGAACUCCCAAAUCAUUAACGUCGUCCUCAAGGCUCUCAUUGCCGCCACCGCCCCCUCUGAUUCCUCCAAGCCGGCCCCCUACCGCUUCACCGUCAACAGCACCAUCGUGCAACAGGGCGUGAUUGACAAGUCCGCUGCCGCCGAGGGCACACAGAACAACGCUGGCAAGCGUGGGAUGCACUCCGCUUCUGGAGCUUUCUGGGAUGUCAACCGUGAUGGCAUGUGGACAUUCAAGUACCCUGGUGCUGAGGAACGGGGACUCGAUGUCGUUGUUAGCGUUACUUGGUUCGCGGUGGUUUAA